AUGGUACGAGCUAGGGCGACUGGCCGAGGGGCUCGUCGCGGUGCCGCGGCGCCCUCUGGUGGACGGCCAUCAACAGAAGGAAACGAGGCAGCCGACAAUGCCGGGCCUUCGAAUGACCCUGCGACGACGACUCCGGCGACAUUAGAUGAAGCAGUAGCCUCAUCAUCGAGCACAACAAGAGCUCCUGCUCGGCGAGGAGGCACCACUGCCGGUACUCGUACCACCACGGGUGGCCGACUUAGACCAAAGAUCCUUCGAAGAGAUGAAGCAGACAGAGACAAAUUGGCUCGGCAAGAAGAACAGAAAGCCAAUGAGAGGGCAGCAGCGGAGAGAAGAGCACGCGGCCGCUCAAGAAACCGAAGCAAGCGAAGCCGUGGCGAUGCAAUGGGCGCCAGGGGAGGCAGGGGAACAUCUACCGCAAGCGGUCCAUUCUCCGGCGGGUUUGCCGGAGCAGCUGGCUCCAGAGGGGGUGGAUGGUUUGGUGGUGGCAGUGGUGUCACAGGAGGAGGAUUCCAUGGUGGCAGGGGCAAGUUUGAAUCCAAAGGCAAAGGAUUUGGUGAAGCAGAUAUUCGGAUGCGCGAAGCCAGAAUAAAUGCAGACAAACUUCACGUCAUGUCACCCGAAGACGAACUCGACAGCGACGACGAGGCGAUGAUGGCCGCACUUAACGGGCGAACAGCAAGCACAAUGCCCAUGGGCAUUUACCGACGAGAACAUAAAGAACAAGGAGUUGUCGUGGCUACGACGGCAGAGCUUGAGGCAGCCGAAAAUGCCACAGGCGAGGAAGAGAGCUUAUGGGUUGAUGGGGAAGGGCCUGGCAGUCUCACACCCAGUGAUCAACCCGAGGAAGGCGUAUUGGGCACAGAUGGAAACCCAGUUUUGAUCAAGAAAGAGCCAGAUAUUGAAGACCCAAUGGACCUAGACUCAGCAAUAAAGGCUGCGCCAGCAGACGAAGACAAGAAGAAAGCUGUCCUGGCUACGAAACCCAAAAAGGAACUACCCAAAGAUCCUGAGGAGAGGGCUAUCCAAACAGAUUUGGAUCUGCUGGCUGGUGAACUUGGAGCCGUCACAGUCACAGAUGAGGCGGGAGAAGCACAAACAGAAGGUCCUUCUAACAAAGACGGGCGUCUAUAUCUAUUCCAGUUCCCGCCCUUGAUCCCCCCUCUGAAGGAAGUAGCACGACCUCACCGCAGGACAACCGUCAAGGAAGAAGGCAAGGCCUUCAACGUCAUGGAUGCACCCAGCGCGAGUGACGCUGCGGUAGACUUGACCCAAGACGAUUCCAACCGAAAUUCACAUGCAGAAGACAACCGGGAAGAAGAGGAACCCGAAACAGAAGGCUUCCGCUCACAAUUUCUGUCUCACGGAGGUAUGAUUGGCAAACUCAAUGUCCGCAAGUCAGGCAAAGUAGAACUCGACUGGGGCGGCAUGAAUCUAGAAAUGAGUCCAGCCGCAGGAAUGAAUUUCUUAACGACAGCAAUUAUUGUGGAAGAGAAUGAUGAAAAGCCGCAACAAGGCGUUGUGGGCGGAGACAGCGUUGGUAUGGGCAAAAUCAUGGGGCGGUUUGUGUUGGCUCCCAUCUGGAGCGAAGAAGAAGAUUGGAACGUUGCACCUGAGGAGCUGGUUGUGGAAUGA